UACAGCUCUCCCCCCACACCCCUCCCACUCCCUCUCUCUGAGCUCGAGCCCUCUCUCCGCUGCCUUCACGAGCUCUCCUCCUCCUGAAACCUGCGCGAGGCGGCAACCGAAGCGCGAGGCGAUCCCCCCCUUCUCCCCUUCACUUCAGUCAACAUGGCUACAGUUGUAACCUCGACCCGCUUCACAGACGAAUACCAGCUCUACGAGGAACUCGGAAAGGGUGCCUUCUCAGUCGUCCGCCGAUGCGUCAAGAAGUCCACCGGCCAGGAGUAUGCUGCUAAAAUUAUCAACACGAAAAAGCUCUCAGCCAGAGAUCACCAGAAACUGGAGCGGGAGGCGAGAAUCUGUCGUCUGCUCAAACAUCCAAACAUAGUACGACUCCAUGACAGCAUUUCAGAGGAAGGUUUCCAUUACCUCGUCUUUGACCUUGUCACUGGAGGAGAGCUGUUUGAGGACAUUGUUGCUAGAGAGUAUUACAGCGAGGCAGAUGCCAGCCACUGCAUCAAUCAGAUCCUGGAGAGCGUCAGUCACAUCCACCAGCAUGACAUUGUGCACAGGGACCUCAAGCCAGAGAACCUGCUGCUGGCAAGUAAGAUGAAGGGAGCUGCAGUGAAGCUUGCAGACUUCGGUCUGGCCAUCGAGGUGCAGGGGGACCAGCAGGCAUGGUUUGGUUUUGCAGGAACUCCAGGAUAUUUGUCCCCAGAGGUGUUGAGAAAGGACCCGUACGGAAAGCCAGUGGACAUAUGGGCAUGUGGUGUGAUCCUGUACAUCUUGUUGGUGGGCUACCCUCCCUUCUGGGACGAGGACCAACACAAACUGUACCAACAGAUCAAGGCCGGUGCAUACGACUUUCCUUCUCCAGAGUGGGACACAGUGACCCCGGAGGCCAAGAAUCUGAUCAAUCAGAUGUUAACGAUUAACCCUGCCAAAAGGAUCACUGCCGACCAGGCCCUGAAGCAUCCCUGGGUCUGCCAACGCUCCACCGUGGCCUCCAUGAUGCACCGCCAAGAGACUGUGGAGUGUCUGCGCAAGUUCAAUGCCAGGAGGAAACUGAAAGGAGCUAUCCUCACAACAAUGCUGGUGUCCAGGAACUUUUCAGUGGGACGGCAGCAUACCAGCCCUGCCGCUACCACCAGCACAGCCGCAAUGGCACAGGAAGCAUGCAAAACCUUACUAAACAAAAAGUCCGACGGUGUGAAGUCGCAGGGAAACAGCAGUAAAAACAGUGUAGUAAGCAGCAGCAGCACCAAAGACAGCAGCAUGUCAUCUUCAGCACCAAUGGAAGCCCAGACCACUGUUGUUCACAACCCAGCUGACGGCACCAAGGGAUCCACGGAGAGCUGUAAUAACACAGAAGAGGAGGAGAUGAAAGGUAGGAAAGCUCGUAAACAGGAGAUAAUAAAGAUGACGGAGCAGCUGAUUGAAGCCAUCAACAACGGGGAUUUUGACGCUUACACGAGAAUCUGUGACCCUGGACUGACUUCUUUUGAGCCAGAGGCUCUUGGAAACUUGGUGGAGGGGAUGGACUUCCACAAGUUCUACUUUGAGAACUUGCUGAGUAAAAACAGCAAGCCGGUGCACACCACCAUCCUCAACCCCCACGUCCAUCUGAUCGGCGAGGACGCCGCCUGCAUCGCCUACAUCCGCCUGACGCAGUACAUGGACAGCCAGGGCCGGCCGCGCUCCUGCCAGUCAGAGGAGACGCGCGUGUGGCAUCGCCGAGAUGCCAAGUGGCUCAACGUGCACUUCCACUGCUCAGGAGCACCGGCUGCACCCCUGCAGUGAACUGAGAACCCAGGCCCAGCUUUGCCUGAACUCUAAAGCUGUUUGGAGCAUUUAUCCUCCGGGGUCGGAUUGGUGCCUGGAUCCUAGCUGGGAAGAGGCUGCUUGGAAAAGUUGUUAAAAAAAAUACACACACACAAAUGUGGGGGAAAAUAUAUUAUAAAUUAAAAAAAAAGAUAUAUUUAAAAUAUAGAGAAAAAAAAGCAUAUUUCUAAAGCUCGACUGAACGACCGACCACACCGACCAACACCAAUCCAGUCCAACCCUAGCUAGAUGAGGUCGGGGCCCGGCUGACGUCAGCCCCCCUUAUUGCAGAUGGUGCAUGCUUCUGGUGGCGACACAGGGGUGAUGCUGUCCUGGUCCUUUUUUCUCCCAUGGCCUUUAUAUCCCCAUCUUUGUUUUGUCUGCUGUCUGGAAAAGUAUUAACAAAAAAAUGUUUAAAAAAAUAAUAAUAAUAAAAAAUCUAUAUAUGAAAUAAAUAUAAACAGAAAAACAUGCACACGUCACACACAUAGUUAAUAAUAGGACUGGGGCGGCUGGUGUCCUAUGUGGAAAAAUGUGAUUUUUCUUCUUCGUUUUGUCUCAAGAGAGCAGCAGAGCGUCGACUUUAAUGCAAGUUGUGAUUGUUUUACAGGUGACAGGUUAUAUGUGGGCGGGGUUUAUGGGAAUGCGAGCAACUUAAUGCCUCCAUGAUAUCAGAACACCUAUCUUACGUGUCAGGUUUGAGCAUCUGUGCACAUGGUUUUAAAAAGGGGUUUAGGCGUUACUGAAGGGACCUUUUGUUUUUAUUUCAUCUUUUUGUAUCAUGUGUUGGUUUUUAUCUCUUGAAUGAUGUAUUUUAAAGUAUUUUGUGUUGGGGAAAAAAGGAUCAUUUUUAAUCAAUUUUAUUUAAUAGAAUUGUGUAUAAAUAGAUAUUUAUAUAGGUGAAAAUGAGGGAAAUGGUUUCUUUCGGGGUGCAGGGAGGGGAGUUAUGCAUGAGUGGGUGUUUUUUUGUUUGUUUGGGGUUUUUUUUUCAGCUUUGAGGUCCCCAAGUGUAAAUACAAAGACACACACACACACUCACUCAAGGUCCCUGUGCUCCAGCCUUUUUUACAGGUCGAGCCUCUCUUGAGCUUUAGACACAACAUCCAGGCCAGCUCAUCCUGAAGUUGCAGAAGGUCUCCGUCUGUCUGAUCUGCAGUGUUUGGUGUCAAACACAAGGAGGCGCCAUCGGUCUAAAAGCUCCUUCACAUCUCCGAACUACCUAAUCUGAAAAGCACGGACACACUCCGACACCACGGUUUUAAGUUUUCUUUAAAUCUUGUGUGUGUGUGUGUUUUGUUUUGCUGUUGUUUUUUCCGACGUGAAGCAUGGAUUAUUUGAACUAAUGGCCGGUACUGUUUUUUUUGCACAGACACUUAAGACUCGAUGCUGUUGCGUUCGCUCUUUUCCGAGGGAGCGAACCUUUCUGCAACUUCAGGUUACGCUCGCCAACAUCCGUCUCUCUCUCUCUCUCUCUCUCUCUCUCCCUCUCUCUCUCUCUCUCUCUCUCUCUCCCUCUCUCUCUCUGACCCCUCCUUCCAUCAUUCCUGCCUCUGAUGCUCUCCACGUGUUACUCCUGUGACCUUCACUGACCAGCCUCCCCUGUUUCUGUCUUAGUAGCACCACGCCGUGUGAUGAUGAUGAGGAGGAGGAGGAUGAUUAUGAUGUCACCCUUAUGCCUGUCUCUUGUUCUGAUUGUGUUCUUUAAAAAAAAAUGUGUAUGUCGUCCGUCUUGGCUUGCUGUACUUCUGUGUGAAGUCACUAUAAAAAGCAUGUUAAAAAGGGACUGGACAAAACAAAGGCAUUAUGGGAAGAGGGCUGUGGGACCUGCGCUGAUGGCAAUCAAUGUUUUGGUCCCUUUUUUUGUCACAGUUUCUGAUGUAAAUGUCGUAGUUGUUAGUGUUUUGAUGUUGAUAUUUUUAUUGGUUGUUUUAGCCAGAACUUUAAAAACAAACAAACAAACAAAAGAAAUGUAAUGGUUGAAAUGAAUUGAGGCGGGGUCCGCCACAAGACUUUUUUGUACUGUCCCCUCACACGCUGAUCUAAGCUGAUUAUAUUGGGAAUUCACAGCAUCGUAUAAGCACACGGGAUCAAAGAUUUUCCCUUUAAAGAGGACAAAACAUAUCUGUGUGUGUGUGUGUGUGUAUGUGUGUGUGUGUGUCGGCGUCUUUUCACUGUGUCGUAGAAAACGUUGUGUGACUUUGUGCCAGCGGGGGGUCGAGGCUUGCUGUGUGUCCCGUCUCUGUGCUGCGCUGCUCUGCAGUAAACACGCUCUUCUCGCCGGUGGUCACCUAGUGACGUCUCAGAUCGUCACAUGUCACGUCCUCGCACGUGCACCGACGCAGUUGAGCUGAAACAAACGUUGUGAAUCAUGCGUGAGACUCGUCCUACUGUAUCACCCGCCUGUGCUUCCUGCUGAGUUCUGUGACAUAUCUGCCAUGAAAACUGUGUCUCCCGACCAUCCCCGAACACACACACACAUUUUGUACCAUGACGAUGACGUGUUGUGAAACAUGAAUCUAUGAUGUGAUGUGUUUUUUGUUUUUUUUAAGGCUCUGAGUAGUUCUGUAUGUGGGCUCCGGCACUGUUGUCUGUCAGUACCACCGACCUGACAAGAUGCUUUUCUUUCUUUCCGUGUGUGCGCGCGCGUGUGUGUGUGUGUGUGUGUGUGUGUGUCCACACAGUCAUACGGAGUUUUGAAGAUGCAGUUAAACUUGGCAGGUUAUUUAACAAGGAGGCAAUCAGAUUGACAUGUUUGAUCGAUUGAUGUGAAGCUUAAAUAGAUUUUUCCACAACAGACGUUUGGCGGGUUUUAGCAGGAAAAGCACGUGUGACAAACUUUGAUGCUCGAGUUUAAAGUUCCCAGACUCCCUUAGAGAAACGCUACAUUUUGAGACGUUACAAACUUUACAAAACACUCUCUGUUAACACUGUUUGUUAAUACGGCAGAUAUUAUACACGAAGAUUUUUCUUCUGUCUAAAAAACAUUACAGAUAGAGCGGGGAAUUGAGAUCCAGUCACAAGAAAAUCUGCAUGCUCAAUGCCCCUGAACCAAUACAGCCCUGCAUUAGGAGAGUAAUACAACAAAUACAAGGAUGCAGUCUUAAACUCACAGUCUAAUUAAAAUUGAAUAAAUUAAAAAUAUAUAUAUCAUGAAAGGGGCAUGUCUAGUACCACAUGGAGAGGAAUUUGGAAGCACAUUUCUUCCUCCUGGACCUGUUCCACCCAUUUGACUAGUAAAAAGGGUUGAAUUAAAAAAACAAAAACAAACAAACAAAAAAUAGGGAGACUUGAGAAGAUCAGGUGUUAUUGGUUACACUGUGCUUUUCCUGCUAUGACCAGUAAAAAAAAAAAAAUCUGUCAGUUCUGAAUCUUUUCAGUCUUAACAAAAGGCAGCUGGUGCAAUGAGUCCACUCACACCUUGACUUUCAUUUGUAGUUAGUUGUAUAACAGUGUUUUCCAACCUUUUGCAUAAUGAGCCCUUAAAUUGAAGCGGUUGCUACUUGCAGUACCUCGUCACGUGUCAGUGGUGAGCCAUCAUUUCCUCCUCAGCCUUUACAGGCCUGAAGAGCUGAAAUUACUUCAGACUUCCCAAGAAAAAAAAACCCCUAAUAUUUUGUCCAGUUGUUGACCAAUAGUGUCACCAUGGACCAAUGUUUUUGAGGGUGACACGAUACACAUUCCUGUCGCGUGAUUCCUCAGAUUUCUCUUGUGACACCAGGUUAGGAAACACUGUUGCAGAGUUAAACCAUCACCCUUCAACUCAUGCAUCUCAGUAACUUCAGCUGAUGGAUGAAUUGUUUCUGUGUAGUACUUUAAUUUGUCUGUUCAUUAGUGUUUUAACAGAUUUAUCUAACAAAGAAUCUUAAAAAAAAACAAAAGAAAACAAAAACAAAACAGACAAACCAUUUUCACACUUGCCCCCUGUUUUGCCAUCCAGCCAUGCAGAUAGUUCCGGUUUUAUUUGUCGGGUAUUUACAUUUGAGGUUUCUGCCUCCGUCCUCUAUAGCAUGUGAGUGUAAACACAACUGGUGUCUGUGAACAGUCCAGAGAUUUACAUUCGAAGAUUUGGUCAGUAGAAACUAGUUCCUAAUAUAUAGAGUUUACAGAGUAAGAGAUGUUUCUGGACAAAGAUGUUGCUGUUGGAUUUUUAAGUACAACCUCUAUGUAAAAUCCAAACUAUCUGCAUGGAUCUCACUAAAUGUACACAACCAAAUGUUUAUUGUAAUUUGGAUGAAGUAACCCUUUAAUAUCCAAUAGCAGUUUUGUCAUAAUUGCAUGUUCUUGGCUUAAAAGAAUGAAUUAUAUGGCUCUUUGUUUGUCGUACUACAAAGUAACCGCUCUGCUUCAGCUGAAGCGUCACUGAGAUCCAUCGUAAUGUGACAGAUUACGUUUAACAUGACAGGGUAUCGACCUUUGAGUCUCACUGCUGUAAAUAGGAUACGUGACCAAAUAUAAACUUUACACAGAAUCACUUUGGGCUGAUCGCACCAACGACCUGCAGAAAGAAACUUGGUGUCUGUUUUGCUUCAUAUACAUCUUUGUUUUCAAACUAAAAUAAACUCUGUAUAUUAGACAUUUGCUGAAGAGACUUUAGCAAGUGUGUGAUAUGUGUUCAAUGAAAUCAGCUCCUUACUGAACCGAGGUGAAGAGAAGGUCCUUGAAACGCUUCAAACUAUAAAGUUGGAAACGGAUAAUCAACAACCACAUACAGCAACACUAUAUAUGCAGUUUUACAAAUGGAAGAAAUAUGCAUGUCUACUUUCUGGUAAUUUUUCACUGUUUACUUGAUAAAGAAAUGGAAAUCUAUGUUACUUGCAUCCUCAAGGUUUAUGAAACGGCUCCGUCAGAUACCUACA